AUGAGGGAACAUUUGCCAGGACGCAGCAUUAGCCUACUCUUUAGAUAUUCUUCUUUAGGCAUGAAUAUGAAGUUGGCAAUUGUAUUUGUAGCCAUUUGUUUGGUUGGAACUGUAUUAAGUAGACGAUUUCGUCCACGGCGUAAACCCAAGUGUAACUAUGGUUUACCUGUUGUUAGUCCGUGCGAUGCAGACAAUAAAUAUAAUAUGAUCAUCUCCAAGGCUAGUGGUACAGAGAACUGUCCAGAAACCAUCGUUGCUGAUACAGGCGAUUGUCUUGCUGGUGCUGAUGGUAGCUUGGUGCCUGCUAGGAAAGGCGGUGCGAGAGAUUCCAAUUGCAUGUACACAGUUCCUGAUAUGUCUCUACCAGCCUGUGAUCCCGAGACCAGACGUUUUACAGUGGAACAGUCUCUUUUAUCUGGUGAAGAAACUUGCCAGAAAACAAUUGAAAUACGAGUUCGUUGUAUUACCAAUAGUUCAGGCAAUUUAGUUGCAAUGCCAAGAUUUCCUUCUGGUAGACGUCACCCUUCACCUAGAAGACAGGACAUGAGGUUUCAGAACACCAAUCACAGGGGUUCGAGGCCUUUGAGAAGAAAUCAUAAUUUUGGACAAUAAAUCUAUUCAUAGUACGGUAUCUAUGACUUGCAGAAUUGACAACAAUUUAAUAAAAAUCGAUUUCAAUUUUACUGAUAUCAAUGUUAAUUUUCUCAAUAUGUAUCAACGAGUUUUAUUCAGGAAUUAUACGAAUGUAUCCCUUUAAAUACAUCAGAAUAAUAGAACAAAAUAUUUCAAAUAUUACGAUAGUUAUUCAAAUAAAAGUCUUAUUUUUAUGCAGAAUAUGAUAUGAAAAUUUUUGAAUAUAUUUUCCCAUGUUUUAUUCGAAAUAAAUAUUUCUCUUGCAAUAUA